AAACACACACAUGCACACAUGCUUCACCCUCCUCGCUCUUCUCUUUCUCCUCGCUUGCCUCACCUCGGUCACCCUCUGCCAACGGGUGCACGUGUGGCAUACUGAGCUCGACGCCGUCACCCUGCCGCUGCCGCCUUCUGUCGCCGCUGCCGCCGCUGCUGCUGCCGGCACCGAUGCUCAGCGCAAGCUCCCUAACGCACUAGAUCCUGAGGCCGAGGCCCUCGUUCAUGAUGUAGUGGCUGGUCGAUGGCCUUGGCGCGAGCCCGACUCGCUCCCUGAGUCGGCCCUCGCGCAUCCGAUCCGCCCGCUGACCCUCACUUCGCUCGUCCAUCCCAUCAACGUCUCGACAAGCUUUAAGGGCGCGUGGCACCCGGUCCCACGCAUGGCGGCUUCGGGCGACGCCGACGAUCGCUCCGCCCGCCUCAAGGCUGCCGCCCUGCCGCUGGUCCUCGACGAUGGGGGAUACAUGGCCGGCUGGCUCGCCUCUCUCGCCCACUCAGCAGACGGCACCAUCCGAGUCCACGGUGUUCUCUCGCUCCUUGCCUCGUCGCACCUCGGCGCGUCCGGCGAGGUCUAUCUCGUGUCGGGCUUGAUCGACCCCAAGAGCCACAGUCUCAGUCUCACGCUCACCCCGCCACAUGAGCACGCUCCGCUGGCAUUUGAGCCCGUACUUGUUUCGGACAACGCCACCUUUGCCGCCGGUGCUGUACUACCGGCCGCGGUGCACGACUUGGACACCAUGGCCGCCCGCGCCCGGUUUUGGCUUGGUGCAAGCUCCGCCCCGCCGUCUCACCGCGUCGGACUCGACCUCCUCAAUUUGCGCCCUGCCCCGCGAUCGAUGUGCUCGUGGCAGCUUACGGCUCAGGUCCAUGAAAGCCUUAACGAGGCUGCACUCGCGCGGCAGGCCGCCGACGUCUCACGCCCGCUCCGUGGACCGCCGACGGCCGGUGACGUCGCCGCGCUUCCGACGUCGCUGAUCGGUACUGCUGCAGCCGACGCCACUGGCUCGCCGGCGCCGCGCCACGUCGAUGAGGUUCACGUCGUCCUCACCAACGGCGUGCUCAAGUCGGCCAAGUGUGGGCUAACGCUCAAGUUUGAGCUGGCCUCGGUUGACCCGUACGAGUUUGAGCGCAAAACCAUGUGGUACCUGGUCAUGCUGGCCGCCACCGCCGUGGCGCAGCUCGCCGCGUUUGUGAUCCAGCUCGAACACUCGCGGGCGCACCCAGUCCUGGCCAACGUCUCGAUGCUCGCCAUCGGUGCACUCUCGGUUGUUGACUGCUACCUCUGCCUUCUGCACUUUUCCGGUCUCUCGUCAGCGCGUCUGGCUCCGUCGUUUGCCAUCGCCGCCUUUGUCAAGUUUGUCCUCUCGUUUGUCUACGAGAUGCGGUACGUGUUUGCAGUGUGGCGGGCGCGAAACGCAGGUGACUGGGCGGCUGGCUGGCUCGCUGUCCGCGUCCGCAUCUGCAGGCUGUACUCGUGGUACUACGUCGCCCUCCUCAUCGGCAUCACCGCCAUGUACCAAUUUGACGGCCACUGGCCGUGGUUCUCACUCCUUGUCCACGCCUACUGGAUCCCACAGAUUGUGACCAACGCCCAGCGCGACACCGCCAAUGCGCUCGCCCCCGUCUUUGUUCUCGGCACCUCGGCCUCGCGCCUCAUUAUUCCGGCGUACAUGCAGCUCUGUCCGACCAAUGUCUUCCACACCCCGCCGACUCCAGGCGCCUUUACCGCCCUCACGCUCCUCGUCGCUGGCCAAGUCAUCAUUCUCCUCGCCCAGGCCCGCCUUGGCCCGCGGUUCUUUGUACCUGCCGCCUGGCUCGAUCCGCCGCACAACUACCAUCCACCGCCAGCCGUCAUCCUCGCCGACUCGGCCGGCGAGCAGCCGACAUGUACCAUUUGCAUGGAGCGCGUCGACCUCGACCCUCCGCCUCCCGGGCGAUCCCGCACCGAGCUCUGGAUGCACACCCCGUGCAAGCACACCUUCCACACCCUCUGCCUCAUCCAGUGGAUGGACAUCCGCCUCGAAUGUCCCGUCUGCCGCGCCCCGCUCCCACACCUCGCCCACGCCUCCCAGCAAGCCGCCGCCGCACUCCGUGCCCAAGCCGCAGAGCCGUGA